AUGGUGCAAGUAGGAGAUAUGCGCGUGUUGGAGGUCUUGUCCAACGCCACCAACGCCAUUGCCGAAGGUGAAGUAUUGCAGCUUAUGAAUAUCAAAGAUGCCGACCUUGACCAAGAGCGGUAUUUUGGCGUUAUCCGAUCUAAAACUGCACAACUUUUUGAAGCUGGGGCGCGCCUAGGAGCCAUUGUUGCAGGUGCGGGUAAAAGGGAACAAGAAAUCUGCGCUGCUUAUGGCCAAGCUGUGGGCGUGGCGUUUCAAAUCAUAGAUGAUAUUUUGGACUAUGACGGCGAUGUCCAAGUUUUGGGGAAAAAUCUGGGCGAUGAUUUACGUGAAGCUAUCGAAGACCCUAGCGAUACAGCCUUAUACAGUGUUCUUAACAUUAUCAAACAAACCAAAGCAUUAGACACUUGCUAUGAGCUUGCUUAUAGCCAAGCUGAACAAGCAUUAUGCAAUGCCAGUUUACUUCCCAAUAGCCCCUACCGAGAUGCGAUGGUGGAAUUG